CUGUCAUAUUAGCGUUUAGGUUAGCUGUAGCUUGUUAAUGAACUUUAGACUGACUUUACAUCAAAGGGGAAAGUCUUCACAUCUACGCCUCCAUGUCUACAGGCAUCUCCUUGUGUUUUUAAAAAGGAAUAGAGCUACAUCAGAGCCGCUGCUUGUUGCUCAUUGAUGGGGACUUAGCCUGUAGCUAAUGUUAGCUACUAAACAUCAACAGGAAGUAACGGACUAGAUAUUUUUCAUUUUUCUAAUGUCUUGCACUUUGAGCUCUCCAGGCAUGAACUGUACCUUGGAGAAGGUCCUGGCAGACGCCAAAUCAUUAGUGGAAAGGCUUCGGAACCAUGACAACGCUGCAGAGAUUUUAAUUGAACAGACAACAUCCCUCAACAAGCGAGUGGAUGCCAUGAAGCAGUACCAGGAGGAGAUUGACUCAUUGAACCAGGUUGCACGACAUCGGCCUCGUUCCAGUCUAGUCCUGGGAAUCCAACAGGAAAACCGUCAGAUCAGAGAGCUCCAGCAGGAAAACAAAGAGCUACGGACGUCGUUGGAGGAACACCAGUCUGCGUUAGAGCUCAUCAUGACCAAAUACAGGGAGCAGGUGUUCAGGCUUCUCAUGGCCAGCAAGAGGGACGACCCCGCCAUCGUAACCCAGCUGAAGGAGCAGCACACCACGGAAAUGCAAGCACACAUAGACAAGAUCAAUGAGAUGGCUUCUGUGAUGAGGAAGGCAAUAGAGGUGGACGAAGGGCGUGUAUGUGAAGAUGAAGAGAGGAUUAAACAACUAGAGCUGGAGAACAGUGGACUCAGAGAGCUGCUGGGAAUCAGUCGUGAAGCGUUCCUGGUUCUGAAGAGAGAAGAAGCAUCAGAGAGCACGUCACUGUCGCCGCUGCUCACCAGCACCGACGUCAGCUUACGAAAGAGUUAGAGCCCAGACUGACUGCCCUCCCCACCCCCUCCCCUCAACUACUGCCACUACUGUGUACAGUGUGUACAGUCUGUUGCCACACACCACCUCACCUCUCACCCCACAGACUCUUCUAACCAUCUGCCCCCUUCUCCUGGUGCAUUUUCAGCAUGAUGGUCCAGAGCUGCAUCCCUGUCUGGUGAUUCAGACACAAGCAGUGUGCACACACAUUUUUCUCUCUUUUUUUUUUUUUUGUUGGUACUUCUGUUAUGUUUGCUAAUUUUUGCCAGCAUGCAUGAGCCUGUGGUGCCUGCAAGGUUUUAAAGUGUGAAUGAGUAAAAGAAGGGCUUGAGUUAAAAUAAAUCUGUAAACAUGAAAUAGUC